AGUUAAUAAUUCAACUCCGUCGAAAAACGCACAAAAAUUGUUGAAUUAAGAAUGGAUGGCUUGGAGGGUCACUUAUUGGAACUGAUUGCUAGUCGAGACUGGAAGAAAAUCAUCCAAUUGAGUGAGCAUUAUUCGUUGACCGAAAAGUCUCGAUUCUUAUGGGCCUGGCCCAGUGAAAAGUGUCUGCUGCAACUCAAAAAUGUUCUAGCAGAAAAUGGUGUUAAAAGUGUCCUAAGCAUUGGUUGCGGAUCGGGUUUACUGGAAUGGCUUUUAGAAGAAAUGACAGGACUACCAGUCAGUGGCAUCGAACUGAAACAUUCACUGUGGUCAUCCAACUACUCUCCAGCAAAAUUCAUUAAAGUGAAAUUCAUUGUCGAUGAACCGAGCACAGAAUAUCUUCGGGAAAGUGCCUCAACUGUUGACAAUUUUGCUCUAUUAUUCUGCUACUUCAAUAACAGAUCGGCAUUCGAUAAGUACAUCGAAGCAUACGAUGGAAAUGUGGUGUUGAUAAUUGGCCCACGAAGUGACUGUAAUAUUGUUACCGAUCCGCUACCAUUGGAUCCUAAAUUUUGUGGACAUAAUGGAUUCAAAUGGGCUGUGAAAGCAGUCAUUAACAUCAAUGACUACGAAGACGAUUGUAACAUUUUAGCUGUGUACAGAAGAGACUGACUCAAUAAAGAACUGUGAGAAACCGAAGGAUCUUGAAAAUU